AUGGGCCCGAUUUUGCGGAUUGGAGCAAUUAAAGAUAAUUCCAGCACUGAUAGUAGCAACAAACAAAGGAUACAAAAUGAAAAAUAUCAAGAAAUACAAGCCAGAUUACAUAAGUUGAAAGAAAACGAGAAAGUGAAAACCUCUGAGGAGGAAAUAUCAAGGCGUCUUGAAAACAUCAAAGGAGAAGUGCCAUCAACUUCUGAUGCUGAACUGCUGGAGCGAUUGGCGAAAUUAAGAGGUGUACCAGUAGCUACAUUACAAACUAAAACUGUGCUGGUAACACCUGAUACAAGGUCAGAGCAGGAGCAAGCAGAUGAUUUGCUUAAGCAAUACCAAGCUAAGACAGCCAUUGAUACCAAAUAUAUUAAUGAAUUCAAUGGCUUGGUUAAUGAUAUGGAGUCCAGACUGCUGAGUUUAAAAGGAAAUGGGGGCCCUUCUCAAACACGAAAUGUUAAUCCUGAAGACACACCCUCAGAGGAUGAAGAAGAUACUGUUAAGAAGAUUAUAGAAAAGUUGAAAACUGAAGCCCUUCUUGAUGAACAACUGAGCCCAACAAGCAAUGAUGAGCUACCAUUUUGUGAAAUAUGCAACGAAGAUGCUACUAUGCGCUGCGUUGGUUGCCAGUACCUUUUCUGCAAACGCUGCUUCUUGGACCACAAGGAUGAUGAUGAUGGCUGUGAUAGAUAUGAACCCUACACUCCGCCCAAUCGCACCUCUGUUUAA